AUGCCGUUAUUCUGUAUAGGGGGAAUACUUGGCUGCCAUAAAAGUACGUACGUGUGUAGAUCAGAAAUUGCUGAUGUCCUGUUCGGACCCAAUCUGAUGUCACAACAGGCACUGUCAUCGGGAUUUUCCGUGCCUGCGCCACGAACCACAUUAGAACGUUUGCAGAUGGCAAAGUGUUGUUUUGGUCUUUAUAGCGGGCCUAACAUCACAGCAGAGCAGAAGUUGUGCCGAGACCCGUCAUGA